AGUCACUACCCUUCCCUCCCCAACCAAUCACUCCUGAGAGAAGUCACAGGUCAAAGUUAUAUCAGCCCAAGAGGCAGAGAUGGGCAAAAGAGUAUUUUAGGAACUGCUACACAGCACAACAGAGAAUAUUACCCUUUGAAUUCAGAAGAACCUUUCUAGCCUGAAAGGAUACAGCGAACAACUAUGUCACCUAUUUUACUGAACGGUAUAGGGACUGUCAAUGACCAUUCUGAAUAUAUCGAACCCGAGGUCCCUUUCAAGAACCCCCAGAUUCAUGUGAAGAACCCCCAUUUGGAUACAAUGGAAGAGGACAUUCUCUAUCACUUCAACCUGGGGACCAAGACCCACAACCUACCUGAGAUGUUCGGAGACAUCAAGUUUGUGUGCGUCGGCGGCAGUGCCAAUCGGAUGAGGUCCUUUGCUCAGUUCAUUCACCAGGAGCUGGCCUUGCCCGGAAACAUGGAUGACGUCACAGACAUCUGUGAGGGAACCGACCGCUACUCCAUGUACAAAGUGGGACCCGUACUUUCUAUCAGUCAUGGUAUGGGCAUCCCUUCCAUCUCCAUCAUGCUCCAUGAGCUCAUCAAACUGCUGCAUCAUGCCCGCUGCAUCGACUUCAUCCUCUUCCGCAUUGGCACCUCCGGUGGAGUCGGUCUGGCACCAGGAACAGUAGUGGUCACAGACAAGGCGGUGGACUGCUUCUUCCGCGCCCAGUUUGAGCAGGUGGUUCUAGGUAAGGUGGUCACAAGGAGCACAGAGCUGGACGUGGGCGUCUCCAAGGAGCUGCUGCAGUGCUCCUCCGAGUUAGAGGACUUGCCCACCAUCAUCGGCAACACCAUGUGCACCAGUGACUUCUAUGAAGGUCAGGGUCGGCUGGAUGGAGCUCUCUGCUCCUUCUCCACUGAGGACAAGUUGGAGUACCUGAGGAAAGCCUUUAACACGGGAGUCAGGAAUAUUGAGAUGGAGUCCACCGUCUUCGCAGCCAUGUGUCGUGCCUGUGGCAUCAAAGCUGCAGUCGUAUGCGUGACUUUGUUAAACCGUUUUGACGGGGACCAGAUCGCCACCCCUCAUGAUGUGCUGGUGGAGUACCAACAGAGACCUCAGGUUCUGGUGGCCCACUUCAUCAAGAAACGCCUGGGCCUCGUCGUCUAAGCUCCCUCCGAUCACCUCUGCUGCCCUUGGAGUGUAUAUAGCUACAGUCCCAACUGAUAUGUGGAUAUAUGUAUAUAGACAAGUUGAUAUGUGAUCAGGUAUUAUUUAAACGGAGUUCUAAGAGUACAUGAAAAUACAUUUAGCAGAUUUGUUUAAACGAAGCUCAAAGAGUGGGCUCUUAUGCAAUUGUGUGGUAUUUGUGUAUAUUUGUAUGGUAUUAUAUAUUGUGUGACUGAGUACUUUGACUGUGUAGAUGAAAUCGUUUGUCUGUGUUACUUCUGGAUGACAUUAAGUCCUGUGACUUAAAAUGAAUCAAAUAUUUAAACAAAGAAGCACUCUGACUGAAAUUUAAUCAAAUAACUCAUGCAGGAUUUAGGCACUGGUGUAGCUGGGAUAUAUUUAGAAAUGGAAAUACAUCUGACUUCAUUGUACCUGACAUUUUAAAAUCAUGAAUAAAUUCAUUUCAGGCCUGGCU